AUGACCUCGAAUGCCAAAGAGCCCAAGAUGGCGCUCGACGCAAAAUCACCAGCAGCGACUCCUCUAAACGAUGGCACUACAGACUACGUCCCUCUGAGAAAAAAGUACAACUCCAAAGAGCCGCACAUCACUGAACAACCCAUCACUUGGGCCAACUGGUGCUACAAGGCCACUCUCCCAUUAAGGAUCUACCUAGCCGCCGCAGGAGCCGGUGCAGGACAAGGCUCGAUCCGAUGGUGGUCGCGAGGCCACCGUUCCCACCACCGGUACACCGAUACAGAGAAGGACCCAUACUCGGCCCAAAAGGGCUUCUGGUAUUCGCAUAUCGGUUGGAUGGUGCUGAAGCAGAACCCGAAGCGAAUCGGUCGCACAGACGUCACAGAUCUCGACGCCGAUGUCGUCGUCGUGUGGCAGCAUACCAACUAUAUCAAGUCGGCUCUGUUCAUGUGUCUCGUGUUCCCGACUUUGGUCUGUGGCCUGGGCUGGGGCGACUGGCUUGGUGGAUUCGUCUACGGUGGCAUCCUGCGCGUGUUCUUCAUUCAACAGGCCACCUUCUGCGUCAAUUCGCUUGCCCAUUGGAUCGGCGAACAGCCCUUCGAUGAUCGCAAUUCCCCCAGAGACCACGUUAUAACCGCCUUCGUGACUCUCGGUGAGGGUUACCAUAACUUCCAUCACGAGUUCCCGUCGGACUACCGUAACGCCAUCCAGUGGUGGCAGUACGACCCCACAAAAUGGUCCAUCUGGGUCUGGAAGCAGCUCGGCCUCGCCUACGACCUCAAACAGUUCCGCCAGAAUGAAAUCGAGAAAGGUCGCAUCCAACAGCUGCAGAAGAAGCUCGAUCAAAAGCGCUCUACUCUCGACUGGGGCAUUCCCCUUGACCAGCUCCCCGUCAUGGAUUGGGAUGAUUUCGUCACCGAAGCCAAGAAUGGUAGGGCCCUUGUUACUAUCGGAGGCGUAAUUCAUGAUAUCACGAGUUUUAUCAAGGAGCAUCCCGGCGGCAAGGCAUUCAUCUCGUCCGCCGUUGGCAAAGACGCUACUGCUAUCUUCAACGGCGGUGUCUAUAACCAUUCCAAUGCCGCUCAUAACUUGCUGUCUACCAUGCGAGUCGCGGUUCUUCGUGGCGGAUGCGAGGUAGAAAUCUGGAAGCGUUCCUUGCCGGAUGGUAAGUCGCCGAUGUUGACGGAUUCGACGGGGCAGCGCAUCGUGAGGGCUGGAGAUCAGGUUACCAGGACUGCGCAACCAGUGCCUAUGCUGAGUGCUGAGGCCAGAUAA